AUGCCCUUGAGGCUCACCUGUAAGGCAGAGUAUGACACAAAAAAACGUGGUCGUAUUGAUGCCAUUUGGUGUCAUMACACUUUGGAAGAGUGUCCCAAGCUCAUUGACCCCAGAAAGUACCUCACCUUUGUCAACGAGAUGUUUAUGGGUGACCGCAGUGUCAGACAUAGACGCGUUGUAACGGACUUCAUACAGCUGACCCCUGCUGACCAAGGAGUCUAUCAGUGCCAUGCAGUAUGUGAAAUCGGAGGCCAUACUACUAUGGGACACUACAUAAAUAUCAUGGGCGAAGGAGAAGAUUAUGACUGUUUUCCAGAAAUUAGAGUGACACGGAACACUGUGUGGAAGGCUUCACCGGGGGAUCACCUGAAGAUUAACUGUUCUGUUGCUUUCUGUYCCAACUCAUUAUCAUCAUCUGUCUCAUGGUGUAAAUAUGAUGGAAAAGGGCAAUGCGUUGCUGUCAACAUUACUSCUCACAUUCAAACAUGGUGGAGAGAUUUGACAGACAGUACAGGGAUUUCAUUUCUAGUUUUUGUCAACAUAUCCAAUCCAGAUUCCGGUCUAUACAGGUGUGCAUUUGACAGAGGUGUAGGUUAUUCCAUCAAUGUUACCGUCUCAGGCGAGAGGAACCUUGUGGUAGAGCGUGGUGAAGAGAAUGAGAAUAAGCCGGGGGAAGCCUUUUCUAAAGACAAGCUCAGUGUCAUCGUGAACAUCAUGCGCAUCGUCUUGUUCGUGUCUCUCACUUUGGUUGUCAUGGGGUUGUGUGGACGUUGGGUUAUGAAAGAUAAAGGAAAAUACAGUCCUGUGUGGAUCCCACCACCAGAGGGCAGUAUAAUGCUUUGUUCCAAUGAAGAAUCCCCACAGGCUGGCUCGUCUAACAUGGAGAUAACCACUAUGGCUGCAGCUGCAGGGGCAGACUCCCCAGAAGACUCCUGUGAAGAAGAUUAUGAUGACUGUGUGUGAUGCUGAUCUGAGAAAUACUAUWCAAUAAUACAAUWAGGCUAAUAUUGUGUCGCUUCCACCGGUAUAGUUGAACUGUAGAUGAAGCAUUCAUUAGACAUUUCACUUUUAGAUGAAAGUUUCAUUUUUCCAGACCACAAAAGGAGACUGGUAGACCAUUUUUGAGAUAUGUCAACAAACCYAUCAAUUGUGUAGAUCCAGCUAUAGGCCUCAAUCACCAAUGAAUUGGAAAGAUAAGCAACAUCUAACUACCUAGGUUAAUUUGGGGCUUAUCUUUUCCAUUUUUGGGGGGGGUUGAGGAAUAUACGUGGAUCUACACAACCAAMGGUCUGGGAAUAGGAUACACUGUACCUUAACACUAGUUACCCUCUUGCAGUCUAUUGACUUUGAUAAACAUCUUUGUUCUACAUGGAGCUGWAUUUCCAUAUUAAUACUGUCAACAGGAAAUCAGUUCCCUCAUUCAGSUCUAAGGUCAAGUGUAUGAAAAUUACCAGGGGGUCCCUGCUUUUAUGUGCCUGCUUUACUCAUGUGCUUUGAUUCGUUUUAAAGAAGUUUAUCUAGAUACAUUGCCAGKUAAAAUCAUAUUGUUAAAGUGAUGCAGCAGAGCUUUUGUAUAAUUUCAGCCAGUAGUUUUGAAAGUAGUGCUCACGAGCCAAAACGGGU